CUUCUCGCUCCAAACAACCAGAGACUUCAUAUUUACCUCAACUGCACACCUUCCACCUCACCCAGCAAGUCCCACCAGCGCCCCCCAACCAUGGCGAAGUUCACACAACAAGAACAGAGUGACCUCAAAGCACUGCUUCAACGUAAACUCCGCGGAAUCCCAGCAGACCACCUGCCAUACCUCAGGCUCUCCGACAUCGUCAACCAGACACCCACGGCGCUGACUCUGCCAAACAUCCCGCGCGACCUCCAGCUCCCCUUCUUCCUCGCCCAUCGCGACACCAUCGACACCUGCCGCGGCCUCGCCAUCAAGGACGCCGCGACGCAGCACAUCGACGUCACCCGCGCCAUCUUCUUCUACCGCCUCGACGCCGCGCACCAGUUCCAGCGGUACCACGACUCGCACCGCUGGAACAUUGCCAUCUUCCUCGCGCUCCUGACCUUCCCGUCGACUGUUUACCGUGUCUCCAUGGCAGCCCGCCGCUUCAUGGCUACGUACCUCGCCGCCGUGCUCGAGCACCACAAUAACCCUGCUGCGUUCGACAUGCGCGAGGAGUUUGUAAGGCUGUGGAAGGGGGGGAACUACGACUUCUUUACCUUUGGCGCGAGUCAGAAGAAGCUGUUGAAGUGUGAGAUGAAGCGGCUGCAUAAGGAGUGGGAGAAAGAGUUGGGCCGCGUGGAGGUUGAAUUGGGGCGCGAGGCGUAUGAGGCGCGGGUGGCGCGGUUUGCGGGCGUGUUAGUGCCGGCGGGGGAGACGCAGCGCGCGCAGCGGCGUCAAGAGGCUGUCGUGAGCAUGGAGGUGGCAGCAGCGGAUGUGAUGCAGGGUAUCGAGAUGGAGAACGAGAAAUGGGAGAAUAAGUUGCUGGCGGCGUUGAAGGUGCCGGUCGGUGAGGUGGAUACGGAGAAGGAGAAGUUGAAAGUUAAUCUGGAUGCGGUGCCAGUGACGAGGAAGAGCGAUGCCCUUUGGGCGGUUCAACACUGCGAGCCGAGGGACAUACUGAGGAAUUUGAGGGAGAUGUUUCCGGUGGAGAGAGAUGUCGCUUCCCCUGUUUAGGUUACGAACGAACCUAGCCCGAUCCGUCCAGGCAGGCCAUGGUGUUGAUAAAGGAUGCUAAGGUCACUGGAAUAAUUCUGGAUAUGGGAAAGCUUGCUUCAAAACUUGGGGCGGGCACCUAGUGAGUCCGGACCAGGAACUUGAUUCCGUUG